AUGUUUCAUUAUUCUACGGUUUCGGACCUUUCUGUAUCCUCUUGCGUGAGGCGAUUUUGGAAGGUGUCCGGAAAAUCUAACCUGAAAAGAGUGGUUAGAGAAGUAUAUUUCAGAUCAGAUAUUGGAUGCGGUGUUGACAGUUGUAAAUCUUGCUUUAGAUCCGAGUCCCAGGGUAGUUUCCCCCAAUUUACAUACGCCUUAGGUACGCUGGAUUCUAGCUCUCCGAUCCUGAUCCUAACGAUAGAGGUAUUUACGAAACAUUUUGACGUGUGUGAGAAAUACCUAAGAAACUGUGUGAUUCCCGCCACCGUCUCCAACGAAAUUAGGAGAAGGAGCCUGAAUGUAUACGGUUGCCUGAAAAAACUGAUAGAGCGCUCAGAUUUUGGAGGAUAUUACAUAUUUUCCAACGAAAACUUCAAGGACACGUAUGUAGCGGAGAGGGUUGGUGAGAGUGUGAUAGAUAGGGACAACAGAGCCAUAUACGAGUGCGCCCAUUGGUACUGCAAACACCUACAGAACCAGAACAUAUACCUAGUGACCGUGCCGAAUUCCAGCCUCUAUAAUAACGACGAUGGUGUGUGUGACGUUGAGGUGGAGAGACCGAGUAACCUGAAGGUAGUGAGUCUGCAUGAGUUGUGUGAUCUGUUCCCAUCGAGGUUCGAAGGAAUGAUGGAGCAGCUGCCCGCGAAAAGCUCGGAACCAGCGACCGGGGGCACCGAAAGGGGAGUAUACCCAGCUCAUCUGUCCGAGCCGGAAAUCCACGAGGGAAUAGAGAAAGGCAAGCUCUUCGUGGGAGUGUUGCACAUGUACAUCGGCUCCUACCAGAGAGGCUACGUGGCAUGCGGCAAGGAGGAGUUCAAAGUCACCUCGCUGCUGAACCUUAACAGAGCCCUAGACAACGACCAAGUGGUGAUAGAACUGGUUAGUUCAGCCGACAGCGCGAAUGAAGAGGGACCCAGUGAGCACCCGGAGGACAAGGUGGGCACCGAGGAGUUAGACGUGAGCGUCGUGGAUGGACACAUGGAGCCGGAGCAGUUCAAGGUGCUCAAGAGGGAGUGCAGAGUCGUGGCAAUCCUGAAGACGGGAAGGAGAGAGUUUUGCGGCAGCCUGCUUCCCCUGGAAAAUGUUCAGGCAGAAGGGUACACAGAGCGCAUGUUUGUGCCAGUCGACGCAAGAAUACCCUUCGUGUCAAUAGAAACGAGAAGGUCGAAGCAGCUGGACAAUAAGAGAAUAGUGGUGAGAAUUGACAGCUGGGAUAGGUUCUCGAGAAGGCCACAAGGACACUGGAUAGAGAUCAUAGGAGAUAUAGACAACAGAGACGUGGAAUCGAAGGUGAUACUGAGAGAGCACGAGGUGAUCACGGAGGAUUUUAGCCUUAAGUCGUACAAGGAGCUCAACGAAGUGGCGCACAAGCUGAUUAAGCCGAAAAACGCGAAGCAUCCAAGGCAGGGCCCCAGCGGGGAAAUGGAAGUGGACAUGGAGAGCAAUUUCGGAGACAUACACAUGGAUAGUAAUUUUGGAGAUUUGAACGUGGACCCAGAUUUUGACGUGGGACUUGACAGAGUUGUGAACGCAGACGCUGAUAAGCACGUGUACUCGUCCGCCGCAGCAUAUGACCUGGUCAUCGAUAAGCAGACUCUGGAGAGGAGAGUCGACUACAGGAACGAGCUGGUGUUUAGCGUUGACCCGCCGGGAUGCGAGGACAUUGACGACGCCCUGGGAUGCAAGACUCUGAAGAACGGCAACUUUGAAGUGUCGGUGCACAUAGCGGACGUGACGCAUUUCGUCCACGAGGGAUCGAACCUGGACAGAGAAGCAUCGCAGCGAUGCACGACGGUGUACCUGGUGGAUCGAAGGACUGAUAUGCUUCCAAAGUUACUCACCACGAAUCUGUGCUCACUAAUGGAGAACGUGAACAGGCUUACCUUUUCUGUGUACUGGGAAAUAGACCCGAAUGGUUUAAUACUUAACACGUGGUUUUCGAAGUCAGUUAUUAGGAGUAGAAGGGCAUUGUCGUAUAAACAAGCACAGGACUUGAUCGACUCCAAUUACAGCGACGAAAUGUGUGUUGCACUGAGGAACCUUAACAACAUUGCAAAGAUACUGAGGAAGCAGAGGAUGAAGCGAGGAGCAGUGGAGCUGGAGUCGUCGGAAGUAAAGUUCGAGUUCGACGUCGAAAAGGUGCAGAACCUGGAGUCGUACAAGACGUACGACACGAACAAGAUGAUCGAGGAGUUCAUGCUGCUGGCUAACAUUUCAGUGGCGACGAAGAUCUACGACCGGUUCCCCAAGUUCGCACUGCUGAGGAUACACCCGCCGCCCUUCGAGGAGAAGCUGAACGAGCUGAAGCGGACGCUGCAGCAGCAGGGCUUCCAGGACUUCAAGUACGGCAACUCGAAGCAGCUGAACGAGUCGCUCGACAGCCUCGGGAGCUCGAAGGCGGACAAGUUCGUGAGCGCGGCAAAAAUACUUACCACGAGGACGAUGUCGCAGGCGCUCUACAGAAACAGCAAUGACCUGAGCGACGAGGAGUUUCGCCACUACGGCCUCUGCUGCGAGUACUACACGCACUUCACGUCCCCAAUAAGGAGGUACGCGGACGUGAUAGUCCACAGGCUGCUGGCCUCGGCACUGGAUUUGGCUCCGCUGAGCACCAACCUCGCCUCCAACUUGACGAACCAGUGCGAUGUGCUAAACAGAAAGCACAGAAACGCCCAGUGGUGUAGCAGGGAGUCUGAUAAGAUGUUUUCGUACCUCUACUUUAAGAACAUGGAAAACGUUGAGAGCCCAGGGAUUAUACUGGACAUAAACGAGGACAGGGUGGUGGUGCUGUCGAUCAAAUACGGCAUUGAGGCAGUGGCCAACGUCAACUACAGCUCCUUCGACAAGGUUAACAAGUGUCUGGUGGAUCAGAGCGGCAACACGUACCGGGUCUUCGAUCAGGUGAACAUCAGGCUCUUCACCUCAAACAAGCACUUCAGGAACAUGAUCAAGGCCGAAAUAAUAUCUCACUAA